AUGGACAGCUGCGUGGCUCUCAUUCUUCUGUCCACCACAAUCACACUCACCACAGCUGACAGUGUGAGGUUGGUGGAUGGAGGUAUUCGCUGUGCUGGGAGAGUGGAGAUUCAUUAUAACGGAACGUGGGGAACAGUGUGUGAUGAUGGCUGGGAUAUGAGAGAUGCUGCAGUGGUGUGUAGAGAGCUGGGCUGUGGAGAGGCUGUAAAUGCACUGAUACGUGCUCACUUUGGAUCAGGAUCAGGACCCAUCUUGAAGGAUGAUGUUGACUGUAGUGGAUCAGAGUCUACAUUAAUUAACUGUACAUCGACUGAAUGGGGUGACCAUAACUGUGAUCAUUCUGAAGAUGCUGGAGUCACCUGCUCAGGAAAUCUUCUAUUUGAUGACAUUGACAGUGUGAGGUUGGUGGAUGGUGGAAGUCGCUGUGCUGGGAGAGUGGAGGUUCUUCAUAGUGGAACAUGGGGAACAGUGUGUAGCGAUUACUGGGAUAUGAGAGAUGCUGCAGUGGUGUGUAGAGAGCUGCGCUGUGGAGAGGCUGUAGAUGCACUGAGUGAUGUUCACUUUAAACCAGGAUCAGGACCAAUCUGGAUAAAUAAUGUGCACUGUAGUGGAUCAGAGUCUACACUGAGGAACUGUAGAUCACCAGGAGGGGGAAAACAUGAUUGUAAUCAUACUAAAGAUGCAGGAGUCAUUUGUUCUGGUAGGUGUUACAGUGUGAGUUUGAUGGAUGGUGGCAGUCGCUGUGCUGGGAGAGUGGAGGUUCUUCAUAGAGGACAGUGGGGAACAGUGUGUGAUGAUGGCUGGGAUAUGAGAGAUGCUGCAGUGGUGUGCAGAAACUGUAUAACAGAGGGAUGGGGCAAACAUAACUGUGAUCAUGGAUGUGGUGCUGCAGUCAUCUGCUCAGGUCACAGAAAGUCCAAACUCACUGACGGAUUUCACCGCUGCUCUGGGAGAGUGGAAGUGCUUAAUGUGAAGACCUGGUCCACAGUGUGUGAUGCUGGCUUUGACCAGCAGGAUGCAGAGGUUGUGUGUCGAGAGCUGGGCUGUGGGCUUCCUGUGGAGGUGCUGGGAGGAGCUGCUUUUGGCAGAGGGGAUGGUCAGGUGUGGUCAGAGGAGCUUCAGUGUAUUGGCAACGAGUCUCAGAUUUACUUCUGCCCAACAUCAUCUUCACUCAAACACAACUGCUCCCAUGACAGUGAUGUGGCUCUGGUCUGUGCAGGUCACACAGGGGCUCGACUGGUGAACGGCUCUGACUCCUGUUCUGGUCGAGUAGAGCUCCAGUACCUCAGUGAGUGGGGCACAGUGUGUGAUGUAAGCUGGGAUAUGAGAGCUGCCAGUGUCCUCUGUGGUCAGCUGAAGUGUGGGAGUGCUGUGGCUGUGUUGGGGUCAGACUGGUUUGGGGAGGGGAGUGGCCAGAUCUGGGCUGAUGUGUUUGAUUGUCAGAGGAAUGAAACACACCUGUCAAAAUGUCCUAUUUCAUUAUGGAGUCGAACUGCAUGCUCUCAUAAACAGGAUGCUGGAGUCAUCUGCAGUGGUUCCUCUCUGGCGUUUCAUGAGGGGCGAGUGCGGUUGUCUGGAGGGAUGGAGUGUGAGGGGGAGGUGGAGGUGUACUUCAGACAGGACUGGAGGAGAGUUCUGCUGGACUCCUGGAGUAAGUUUAAUUCAGCUCGAGGCUCCAUCAGGCUGGCUGGUUCUGGGGGAGACUGUGCAGGAAGGCUGGAGGUUUUCCACGGCGGCUCAUGGGGGACAGUGAGUGAUGACUUGUGGGAUAUUAAGGAUGCGCAGGUGGUCUGCAGACAGCUGCAGUGUGGAGUGGCCCUCAGUGCUCCUGUACCAGCCUGGUUUGGACUCGAAACUGGACCCAUAUGGCUGAAUGAGGUGGAGUGUGAGGGGAACGAGACGUCCCUGUGGAACUGCAGAUUUCAGCUAUGUGGAGAGGAUGAAUGUGGACACAAGGACGACGUAGGAGUUGUGUGCUCUGAGUUUAAAGAGAUCAGACUCACUGAGGGCUGUGAGGGGAACCUGGAAGUGUUCUACAAUGGGUCCUGGGGUAAUGUGUGUGAAAAUGGAAUGACUGAAGAAACAGCUAAUGUGAUCUGUCAGGAGCUGAACUGUGGAAGAUUGGAGAGUCAGAGGGCUUCCAAAGCAAGAGUGAAAUCAGUUCCUAACUGGCUGGAUGAUCUGAAAUGUAGGAGUCAUGACUCCAGUCUGUGGCAUUGUCCAUCUUCACCCUGGGGACAGAACAACUGUGAUAAUCGCAACGAGGUAGCUCACAUUAAAUGCUCAGAUGAGGGAAAUUUUGAGCAGAGACGGCAUCUAAAAUGCUCCUCAUCAUCUCCUCAUCAGAGACACUGCACAGAUCACUUGCCUCUCAGGCUGAGAGGAGGAAAUGGAAGCUGCUCUGGGAGGCUGGAGGUGAAUCAUAACGCUGUGUGGGGGUCCGUCUGUGAUGAUCAGUGGGACAUCAGGGAUGCUCAGGUGGUCUGCAGGCAGCUGGGCUUUGGUCGGCCAGUGAAGAGAACAAACACUCUUUUACAAGCUCUUCCAAGUGCUGCUGUUUCGUCCAUCUAUCCAGUGUCUCUCCUCAUCCUGGGAACGGUGCUCUUCUUGGCCUUAAUGCUUCUGGUUGUGCUGUUUUACCAGAACAGAGUGCUCAGGAGAGUGCUCUCUAAGAGGAUGGAGAACAUAGUCUAUGAAGGCCUGAGAAGAGGGCUUGAGGGAGUCUAUGAAGGCUUGAGUAGGGGCCCUGAGAGAGUCUAUGAGGAGAUUUACUGCAGAUUCAAUACUGCAAGAGCCACUCAGAGGGGAAGUAUCCUCUCUGAAGCACAGCAUUCAGGAUAUGAGGAUGUGGAUGAGGAGCUUCUCUCAGGAAGUAUCCUCUCUGAAGGUCAGCAUUCAGGAUAUGAAGAUGUAGAUGAAGAGCUUCUCUCAGCAAAGUCUCUGUCUGGAGUGAAAUCAGAAUAUUAUGAUGAUGUCACCAGUGGUCUGACAAAUGAAUCAGAAAAAGAAGACAUAGCAGAUAACUAUGAUGAUGUCAUCACCACUGGACAGAUCUCUGAGAGUGUCAUAGCUGAGCCCAGCCGGGUUACACGUGCUGCCCGGCCACCGGGCACUCGCAGAGGAUCACUAUCCCAAGGCCUGGCUCAAGGGUUAGGUCUCGAGGAUGUAGCAGAUAAUUAUGAUGAUGUCAUCACUGCUGAUCAGAGCUCAGCUGCUGAAACAGAAGACAUGACAGAUAACUAUGACGAUGCUGUUACCACUGAACCAAACUCCAACAUUAUGACAGUGAUGAAGAGUUUCCUGCCGACUCUCAUUCAUAUGCUGGGGAUAGAAGCAGCUCUCACUGCAGAAGAAAAGCUGAAGAAGAAUGCCCAGACUUCUCCAGUGAGCCCACCUGGCCAGUCUACCACACCCACCAACCUUGCAGCCUCAUCAGAAAACUCAUCGAAAAGGUAA